AGAAACCGCUGUUAUUUUGGGCGAGAGAGAUAAUGGAAUGGAAACUGCUGCUAAUAGUCCUGCCCUGGCUGCUCGUAUGUAAAAUUUUUUAUAAGGUCGAGGACUUUACGGAGCCUGAUGUCGCUUACCAAAGCAUUGACUAUCAUCCCGAGGACUACAUCGAUUCCUUCACCGACUUUCAGAAGCAUGACUACUUUCAGUAUUGAGAGUAUGCUGGUGUUUCCUUUUUGUUUAAUUUUUUUUUUUGUUUGUUAAAAAGUCUUGAAU